UUACCUUUUGUUAAGGUUUGUCUUGAAUUUUUGCAUACGAUCUUUUGUGUUUUUAAUUGUUUUCACAAUUUGGAAUAUUCCAUUACAGCUGUAGCGGGUGCAACUGUCUAUCCUCAAAACUGUCGCUAGAAAUGUAAAUAACAUAAUACGAUCACUUAAAUUACAUAAACACGUCUAUUAUAUUCUUAAACAUAACUUCUGGAAAUUCUGUCUCUAUGGGCCCCCUAGUUUUCAGGACCCCGGAGUGGUUGCCUGGCUUGUCUAAUGGUGAAGUCCGCCCCAGCGCUUAACCAAUCAAUACCGAAUCAUUUCCUGGUGUGGCGGCUGGCUUUAUAUUCUCACCGAUUUCGUACAAACAGGUAAAAAUGCAACAAUAUGUAUGGGGAAACUCUGCCAUACAUUCGCAGUAUCAUUAUUAAAUUAUGAUUUAUUUGGUGGCUUUUCAGAGUAUGCCUGACUUGCAUUAGUUAGAGGUGCACCAAGUCAAUAUCAUAUGUGAUUAAUUCCCCCGCUCCCCCUACCUCGGGCUACCAGCGGGGUCCCCUGCGGUCAGUCAUGUCUCAUAUCUGAAUAGUAGCCUGUGUAGCUCACUUGGUUAAUUGGCCCUCAGAGUGACAUGAUAUCUUGGUUGUGGUCGGCAAAUAGGCGAUAGAAAACCGCCCUAGGCGACUGUCCGUGUCGCCUACCCCCAAAUCCGCUAUUGCCCCCUACCAACCCCAAAUAAAGUCGGAUUGAGAACUUCAGUGCAGUAAAUAAUACGAUGGGCCAGGUAUAUAUAUAUAUAUGAGCUGUCGCCCAAAGCCCUGCUGCAGAGCUGCUUCUGUCUGCUGAGAUUUAUGAGUCCUGCUUUGACCUCUGUAAUCCCCCACUGAUGUGAAUGGUGACGACCCCACCCACGGACGCUGCUUUUAAAUCCCCGGGAGGGAUGCGGGCUGUGCAGAUGCAGCAGCCAGUGCGAAAGGGUCACAAGUGGGAUGCCUUCAGAGGAGCUCCUCGUAACGGGUCUCGCUCGUUUCCUACAUGCUCGAUCUUGACAUGCAUACGCUAAAGGAGAACUGAUGUUUUUCUUCUUUGUGCAAGCGUCUUUCCUGCUGCUGCCCCCUGCCCCAGCCCCCUGGGGCUGCACACGCUCCUGUCCAGCCAGCUGCACCUGCAUCCAGGAAGGCAGUUGCACUGUGCUGUGCGACCGCGCCGGCCUGCUUGACCUGCCCAAGGAGUUCCCUUGCGAGGCUACCUCCAUCAACCUGGACAAGAACGGCCUGAAGUUCCUAGCUGAACAGGCCUUUGGAAUGCUGCCCUCUCUGAGCUCCCUGUCGCUCGACCACAAUAACAUCUCCUUCAUAACCCCGGGAGCCUUUAAAGGGCUACCCAACCUGCUGCAGCUCAGGAUGACUCAUAACGAGCACAUCCGCUAUCUGCACACUCGCACGUUCAUCGCUCUGAAAAAACUGAGACGCCUCGACCUUGCAGACUGCAACCUCUUCAGCAUGCCUGACCGCAUCUUUGUGGAGCUGACGGCGCUGCAGGAGCUGCUUUGCUACCAGAAUAACUUCCGGCGCAUACCGGGGGCAAUCAGAGGCAUGGAGAAUCUCACCCAUGUUUACCUGGAGCGCAACAAGAUUGAGGCCAUUGCCUACAAUUCGUUGCUGGGACUUGGAAAACUCCAAUACCUGAACUUGCAGGAGAAUCGCAUCAAUGUCAUCCAUGACAAGGCCUUCCAGGACCUUCAGCGGCUGGAGAACUUUUACCUCAAUGACAAUCUGCUGGCGGACCUUCCCCUUUAUUCAUUCAGAGGCCUCUGGCACUUAAAGAUGCUCAACUUGGGCGGUAACUUUCUCACCCAUGUCUCCAAGACUUGGUUUGGCGAUCUAGCAGAGUUGGAGGUGCUUUAUAUGGACCGGAACCAUCUAUCCUUCAUUGAAGAGGAAGCCUUUGAAAACCUGACCAGCCUCAUUUCUCUGCACCUCAACAGUAACAAUCUGACCACUCUGCCAUUCUCAGUGUUCCAGCCAAUCUACUUCCUGGGUCACCUCUAUGUUUUUCGCAACCCGUGGGAGUGUAACUGUGACUUGGAGUGGCUGAAGGAGUGGAUGGACAACUACAAGUUGGUGAGGGAUAUUCCCUGCGCCUCCCCAUCUGCUGUGGCUGGCUUGGACCUUAGUGAGAUAGCCUAUUACAAGGUUGGUGGGGUGUGUGUGGAUCCAGCAGAGCUCAAUUUCACAAGCUCUGCCCCAGCACCCACGGAUCUGUGGCGUUCCACCACCGAAAACAGGUUCAGCAGCUUCCUGUCCAAACUUCUGCAGCAGGAGCUGCGGGAUGAGAUGCUCAACAUCACCGAGGGCAGGAACAGCACCAUGGUAAACCAGACGGAGAGCCGGGUAUCUGUUGGGACCCGUUUCUAUGGCAACCAGCUUCUCUUGCUCUUUGGGCUCCUCUGUGGAGUGUAUGCACGUAAUGACGAGCUCUUGGGAAGUUGAAGUCAAUGUUUUUCAGGGCUGAUUCUUCCAUUUUUAAAAAUAUGUAUCAUGUUUUGUCAACUAGGGGAAAGACCGAUGUUUCUUAUAGCGGGAAGUCAGUCCAUGUGCACUACAGUGGAUAUUUCACAAUGCAGAGAACUGCAGAUUCUGCUCCAUGAUUUAUGGUGGCUAUGGUGUUUUAUUGGGAUGUACGACUAUAACUGUUUGUAUAAUUUAACAUAAUGCAGAGACUUGUGCUGUUGGAGGUCAUUGUAACUCAUACGUUCAAUUUCAUAACUGUUUAGAGGGACAUUUUUUGAGUCCCAAAGCAAACAAAUGGUACAAACAUGGAGGAAAGUAGCAUUAAAAUCAACAGUUUUUCAGGAAAUGGGAGUGGUCUGUCAGGAAUUGCAUCCCACAGCGAUUCCCUCCAAAGAAAUUCUUUAUUCUCAUUAGUUCUACUUUCCUCUUGUGCCAGGAAACUGUACAAGUUGAGCUGGGAUUAUGAUCUUGUAUGGAGGCCACCAGCACUGCUGUUGGCUGAUUGGCUUGGCAGUAAAAAACGGUGAUCAGCAUGAUAAUUUGUCACAUUGGCUUAUAGACGAUACCGGAUCUAGGUAGCCACAUGUCUUCAGAACAGCUGUAAUUAUUAAUAAGCACCCACAUAGGGAUCCUGUAAUCUGACACCAUCAGCCAUUAAGAGCAAAUGCCAGUGAACUCUGGGUAAUGUAUUCAUUGUGAGGAUCACCUUUUUUGGGCCAAGCAGAUAUAGCCUCGUACAGAAUCGUAAGCACUAUUGAUUGCUGAUGUGGCACCGUCUUCAAAGGAUCAAGAUUUUCUAUUUAGCCAUUGCUACAGUACAUAGUACGUAGUUGUACUGUUGUGAGGGAUACAGUUAUCAAUACCUGUCAAAUUUAGUGUGUAUUUAUGCCAGCGGAUUGAUUUAACUGUGAUGACAUUAAAAGUAGUGAUGUGUGA